AUGGCAGCAGCGGGCUGCGCUGCCCGGUGUCCCCGGCGAGGAGGAAUUCCUUCGGGCGGGCGCCCGCCGCCCUGCCCACGGGGAGGAAGCGGUGGCGGGGUCACGGCCUGCGCCGGCACCCCCGCAGGGUGCCACCGCCGUGUCACCGCCGUGUCACCGCCUCGUGCUCUGGCUCUGGGCACCCAGAGGGCACAGCAGCCCCGGGGCUGGCACGGCUCCUGCCCGGUGCCCACGCCGCCGCCGCUCCCGCUCGAGCCACGCGGCGCUGGGGCAGCAGCCGGGCACACAGAUGGCAGAGCCCUCGCCCCCGGUCCCCAAGCGCCCCCGGUCCCCAAGCACCCCCAGUCCCCAAGCGCUGCCAGCCCUUGCUGUCCCCAGCCUGGCCGUGACACCGGCUCCAGAGCCACCGCCACCACCCGCACGGUGCCCCCGUCCGUGCUGGCGGCGGGGAGCCUGUUGCAGCCGGGGCUGGCGAGCUCUGCCCGCACCGUGCUGGCCUUGGCCGGCAGCGGUGGCACCUUGGGGAGCCCCAGGAAUGGGCCCCGCUCCCCAAAAAAACGCCGCCUCCGCCCCCGCGUUUGCACGACGGAGCAGCCCCCGCCGCACGGAGCGGGGACGCCGGAGCGUGGCUCCCCAGCCCCUUCCUUCCCCUUCCCUCCUUCCUUCCGGCUCGGCACGGCCCUCCGGCCCCGCUGCCCUGCCCGCUUCCCCUCCGGCCUCCCCGACACGCGGCGUCCCCCCCAUGGUCCCCACGCUGGGCACCGUGCUCCAGCCCUGUGCCAUCCGGGGACCCCGCGUCCCUUUGCCGAGCCGAGGCACGCGGGAGCGGAGCCACCGCGGUCGCCCUGCCCUCGGCUGCUGCUCGCAAUCCUCCCGCUCCCCGGCGGCGAUUGCAUUUUCUCCCACACCACGAUAAGAAUAAUCCUGACGGGUGCUUACGUGCCAGCCUGCAAGCACCCAUGGGUGCUGCUCCCCGCUGGCUGA